CUCUUUUUGACGUCGAAAAACACAAUCUUCUUUGCGACUCUGUCAACGUAGCUUCGACACAACACUGCAAAAUGCCUGCUCAAGGACACAGACUGUACGUUAAGGCCAAGCACCUCUCUUUCCAACGCAGCAAGUGCAACAUUCGCCCUGGUACCUCCUUGGUGAAGGUUGAGGGUUGCGACUCCAAGGAGGCUGCUCAAUUCUACUUGGGCAAGCGUAUCUGUUAUGUCUACAAGAGUGCCAAGGCCGUCCGUGGAUCUAAGAUUCGUGUUAUCUGGGGUACUAUCGCUCGUCCUCACGGUAACUCUGGUGUUGUCCGUGCUCGCUUCACUCACAACCUUCCCUCGAAGACUUUCGGAGCUUCUCUCAGAGUCAUGCUUUACCCCUCUAACAUUUAAAUAAAAUAUCGAGUGUAUGGUGAAGCUAACACAUAAAAUUUUUCGUUGCUGA